AUGGUAGAUUCAUUUUUUGUUGAUCCUUCCAAGAGAAAGAGAAAGACUAGAGCUAACAGGCAAACCUCUACUGUUCGAACCAACCAAAAAAGACAAAAGUCUCAGCAAACAAACAAAGCAUCAAGAAUUGCAACUGAACCUGAACAUGAAAAUGAUAGUGAAGAAAUAGAUUCAUUAGAUGAGGAGGAAGUAGAUUCAGAUGUAUUUGCGGAUGUAGGUGAGGAAAAGAAAGAGGUUGAGGACAUUAAUGAAUCAGAUGAAGAAGAAGACAAUGGAAAUGAGAGUGCAGCAGAUAAAAGACGUAGAUUAGCCAAACAAUACCUCAAAGAUUUAAAAGAAUCAUUGGGACAAGGUGGCGUUGAUAGUGAGGACGACGAUUUAGAGUCAUCUGGUAAACAGACAAACUACGCAUUUGAUGCCAAAGAUUUAGAUGAUGAAAUUAUCAGCUCAAGAUUGAAGAAAGAUGUUGCUGAACAGAAAGGAUGGGUUUACAAGUUCUACUCUAAACAAAUAAAAAGCAUUAUAAAAAGGAAAGUCACAAGGGUCGCUAACAACUGUCUCACCUCUGUGAGUGUCCAUUACCCAUAUUUAUUUACAACCUCUAAAGAUUUAGAGAUUAGCAAAUGGGAUAUAAGAGAUUCCACAAAGAAUCCAACAUUAAUCAAAACUGUGAAAGGUGGAAUUCAGCAUUUAGAGUUGAGCAAAGAGCAUUCUGAAAAUGGGCAUUGUGAUGAAAUCUACGCUAGUGCAGUUUCUCCCGAUGGUAAAUAUUUGGUUACCGGUGGUAAAGAUGGUAGGAUUAUUGUUUGGAGCGUGAAUAGUUUAUCGUGUAUUAGAGUAUUAGAGACCAAGAACAGAAACGGACAGGUGUUAAGCUUAACAUUUCGAAGAAAUAGCGACCAACUAUAUGUUGCAUGUGCAGAUUUAAAGAUUAGAACAUAUUCGAUCAACCAGUUAGCACAAUUGGAAACAUUAUAUGGACACCAAGAUCUAGUAACUGAUAUCAGUGCAUUGGCAAUGGAGAGGUGUGUUACGGUUGGAAGUAGAGAUCGCACAGCGAUGUUGUGGAAGAUUCCGGAUGAGACAAGAUUAACAUUUAGAGGUGGUGACUCGAUUGAAAAGUUCAAAAAGUCUGAUACACAAGAAAAGAUUUUCUUUGAAGGUAGUAUUGAUUGUGUAUCGAUGAUUGACGAUUCACAUUUUGUGACUGGCUCAGACAAUGGUAACAUAUCUUUGUGGUCUUUGAAUAAGAAGAAGCCUUUAUUCACCAAGAGAGUGAGUCAUGGAAUCCAACCAAAACCAAAGGCAAGUAAUGCAAGUGCAGAAAAUGACCAGAAGAUCAGGGAAGAGCAAAUAAGCGAACCGCAACCAUUUUGGAUUACAUCUAUAUAUGCGAUCCCUUUUUCAGAUGUGUUUGUCAGUGGGUCAUGGGACGGGAGAUUGAAAAUCUGGAAAUUAGAUGAACAGCAGAGAAGUUUUGAAUUAUUAAUGGAAAUCCCAAUUGGUGGUAUAGUUACCAGGAUUUCACACCAUGAAGAUGCUGAAAAUGGGCAACUGAGAAUAUAUACAACAGUAUCUAAAGAACAUAAGUUUAGUAGAUGUGUCAAACCAUUACCUGGAUCCAGAAAUGCACUGCUCACGUGUAUAAUUGACAUGAAAGAAACAUAA